UCCAGCAGAGCUGGAGUUGGCAGCUAUCAACCACCUUUGCAAGUGCUCUGGCAGUGCUCAGUGCACGAUGAUUCAAAUCAUGAGGCUGACAUAGGGACAUAAUUUUGGGAGCCUGAACACCUCAGCUGUGUAAGUAAAUAAAUAAAACAAGCCCUCCUCAAACUGCCAAGAAGAUGGGAAAUUCUUAUGCUGGGCAGCUCAAGACCACACGCUUUGAAGAAGUGCUGCAUAAUUCUAUUGAGGCUUCUCUCCGGUCCAAUAAUUUAGUUCCUAGGCCGGUUUUUUCACAGCUGUAUUUAGAAGCCGAACAGCACCUUUCCUCUCUAGAAGCAGGCAACAGAGUGGAUAAUGAGGAAGAUGAGGAGGAAGAGGAGGAAGAGGAGGAAAGUUCAGAGUCAAGCAGCCCCCCUAUCACUUAUCAGAUGAAGCCGCCUCCUGAAGGUGGUUGCACUACUGACGGUUUCUGCCAGGCUGGUAAAGAUUUGAGAUUAGCAUCAGUUUCAAACGACCCAAUUGAAGUGCCUUCAGGGUUUCUACUGGUUGGCGCCAAGUCACCAAACUUACCAGAUCACCUUUUAGUGUGUGCCGUAGAUAAGAGAUUUCUGCCUGAUGACCACGGGCGCAAUGCCUUGCUAGGUUUCUCUGGCAAUUGUAUCGGCUGCGGCAAGAAAGGCUUCUGCUACUUUACUGAGUUUUCCAUUCACAUCAAUCUUAAGUUGACCACUCAGCCCAAGAAACAGAAACACUUAAAGUAUUAUCUGGUGAGGAAUGCACAGGGAACUCUUACCAAAGGAUCUGCAAUCUGCUGGAAGGGGGCAGAGUUCAGAAGCCGGCAGCCCUCAUCCAGCACUUUUUCCAACCUGUUGUUCCAACCUCCAGAGAAUACAGGCUCCUCAGCACCUGUCAUGAACGAGCCAGUUAUAGCCACACAUCCCAUAGUUCAAGCAGGGAUGCAACAGAUGGUGCCUGACCACCUGCCAACAACAGCAAGCCUGCCAGUUUACAACGGCAAAGACUCUCCCCAGCAACACUCGAUGAAAAGCAAUGUCUCUUCCAUGACGAGACCACCAGUAUUAGGCACUUUAGCAAACCCAGGGCCUCCUAAAAAACGCCACAAAGGAUGGUCACCUGAGUCUCCCUCAUCCAAUGAAGCCUGGAAUUUGCAGCCCAAUCCACCACUCACAAGUAGAAGCAAAAAUGAUGGAGGAGGAGGAGGAGGAGGAGGGCUGUCCUGCUUACCUCACGCUCCCUUGGCAGGACCAGUGUCUUCUCCAGUGGUGGCCUCUGGAGAGCCAGUUUCAGUUCCUGAUAACUUGCUUAAAAUAUUUAAAGCAAAGCCCGUCAUAUUUAAAGGGCAUGGAAAUUUUCCUUACCUUUGCGGGAACCUUAGUGAUGUCAUAGUGAGUCCUCUUUUGUAUACGUGUUACAAGAACGCGCAGUCUCUCUCUAGGGCUUAUGAACAAUAUGGUGCCUCCACAAUGCAGCCAAUUUCAGAGGAGAUGCAGCUCUUACUAACAGUCUAUUACCUCGUUCAACUUGCUUCAGACCAGGUGCCUUUGAUUGAGGACUUGGAACAGAUCUUCAUGCGUUCAUGGCGGGAGUCUCAUCUUUCUGAAAUUCGUCAAUACCAGCAGGCCAUCCCACAAGCUUUCCCUCAGGUUCCUGGCCCAAUUGCCCCAGUGACAUCAGCUCAGCUUCCCUGGCUGGCGGGACUGGCAGCCAGCUCAUGUAAUGACAGUGUCCACAUCAUUGAGUGCAACUAUUCUUUAGCGGAGGGGCUCUCAGAAAUGUUUAAGAUGCUCGUUGAGGGAAAGCUAGUGAAGACCAACUAUGUGGUGAUCAUAUGCGCUUGUAGAAACAGAACUAUUGACUCUUGCAUUGCUGUAACAGGGAAGUACCAAGCAAGAAUACUAUCUGAAAGCAUGCUCAGUCCAGCGGAAUACCAGAAAGAAGUUAGUUAUGAACUCGUUACGGGGAAAGUAGAGGCUCUGGGGGCCUUCUUCAGUACUCUCUGCCCAGAUGGUGAUGUCGAUGUGUUGCUGGACAAAUUUUAUCAAGAAAACAGGUCCCACAUUUCAUCUUCACUCUCUGCUUUAGUGAACAAACCAGCAGCAGGGGAUGCAGCUGGAACAGCUGUUUGCACGAGUUAUAACCUUGAGCACCAUCAGAUCCGCCCCUUCCAGCUUGCAGUGGCUCAGAAAUUGCUUUCCCAUGUUUGCUCCAUUGCAGACUCCAGCACUCAAAACCUUGACUUGGGUUCCUUUGAGAAAGUUGAUUUUCUGAUCUGCGUCCCUCCUUCGGAAGUGACUUACCAGCAGACACUGUUCCACCUCUGGCAUUCAGGUGUGUUGUUGGAACUUGGUUUGGAGAAGGAGCACCUUACCAAGCAGAGGGUGGAGCAACAUGUGGUCAAACUCGAUGCAGAAGCCCAGACUAAGUUUAAAGCUUUCUUACAAAACUCGAUGCAGAAUCCACACACGCUAUUUGUGCUGAUCCAUGACCAUGCUCACUGGGACCUUGUAAGUGCUGUUCACAGCCUUUAUCCUCAGUCCGAUCCAGCCAUGGGGCUUGUGGACAGGCUGCUGAACUGCAGAGAGGUGAAAGACGCUCCAAAUAUUGUGACGCUUCACGUGACUUCCUUCCCCUAUGCCCUGCAGACGCAACACACCCGCAUCAGCCCAUAUAAUGAAAUCCACUGGCCGUCAUUAUACAACAAUGGUGUGGACUUGUACCAUGAAAACAAGAAGUACUACGGAUUGUCUGAGUUUAUCGAAUCCACUCUUUCUGGACACAGCCUUCCCUUGCUUCGUUACGACAGCUCUUUUGAAGCAAUGGUCAUGGCUUUGGGGAAAAGGUUUCCUAGGCUGCACAGCGCUGUGAUAAGGACCUUUGUACUUGUUCAGCACUACUCCGCAGCCAUGAUGGCGGUGUGUGGCUUGUCCCAGAUGAAAAACUACACCACGGUGGAAACUCUAGAGAUCGCUCAGAACCUCAUCAAUUCUUCACGCCAGUGCCCCAACAGACAUGGGCUGAUGGUAGUACUAAGGAUUCCGUGCAUACCUUUGGCGGCGGUCGCUUACGAGCGCCUCAACCACGUGAGGGAAAGGUUAGCCCUCGAAGACCAUUUCGAAAUCAUCCUGGGGAAUCCCAACUCUGGGAUCACCAUAGGAAAGCACUUCAUAGAGCAACUGAAGAUUUGGCAGAAGAUUGAAGAUGCCGAAUGGAAGCCUCAGACUUAUUUGGAACUGGAGGGACUGCCUUGCAUAUUGAUUUUUAGUGGAAUGGAUCCCCAAGGAGAGUCACUCCCAAGGUCCUUGAGGUACUGUGACCUACGUCUGAUAAAUUCCUCCUGCUUAGUGAGAACAGCCCUGGAGCAAGAACUGGGCUUGGCAGCCUAUUUUGUAAGUUCCGAAGUCCCCGUGGAAAAAGCAGUAGGGGCCAAUGAUGUCCUGGAGAGUGACCCAGAGAAGCUAAGCAGUACUGAUAACGAAGAUGAAGAAACAGUAACAGAAGGCUCCGCUUCGGAAAAGAGAAGCCCUGUCAAAAGAGAAAGGUCUGGCUCACACGAUUCUGCAGCUUCCUCUGUCUCUUCUAAAGCAUCAAGCACAGCUUUCUGCAGUGAAACAUCUCCUCCUUUGGUAACUGCAGGGGAGGUGGGAAAGUCUCCCCAUCCGGUACUCAGCAGCAGCACCGAAGAGAGCGUGAAUAACUCCGAAAAGCAGAGACUGAAAGCAGACAAAGACUCAAAGCUGGCAGCCAAAGCUGCUCAGGCCUCCAUCACUUCGUCGUCUCCACCCCCUUUCUCAUCCCCCUCUGCCUCUUCAGCACCUGCCCACAGCUCUUUCGUUCUGCAAGCCUCUCAGUGCUCCAUGACCAAAGCAUCCCAGCAGCCCCCCAUCGUUUACUUGCCCAAACUGGUGCAUGACAUGGUUACUUCUGCAGACAGCACAGGGCUUCCCAAGUCAUCGUCCCUCUUGCCUUACCAUUCGGUCAUGUGGGCCAGUUCUUUCCGCCCGCUCAUGAGUAAGAUGAUGACCUGCACUGAGCAGUCUCUAUAUUAUCGCCAGUGGACCGUCCCCAAACCGAUCCAUAUGGACUAUAACAACAGGAAUGAAGGCAGGAUGGACACCUUUCAUCCAAGGAGGCUGCUACUGAGUGGACCACCACAGAUAGGAAAGACAGGUGCCUAUCUGCAGUUCCUCAGUAUUUUAUCUAGAAUGCUGGUUCGGUUGACAGAAGUAGACGUUUAUGACGAAGAGGAGAUCAAUACUGAUGUUAAAGAAGAAUCAGAGCCGUACUAUCACCAGUCAGGGGAUGUGUGGCCCGAUCCGGAAACAUUCAAGAAAAUGCCUUUCGACUACACGAUCCAUGAUCCAAAAUAUGAAGAUGCAAGUCUCAUCUGUUCAAGGGUCCAGAAAACAAGCAGUGAAAGUCAGGAUAGUACAGCAAGCAGAAAACAAGAGGACUUGUAUAUGCGUCGUCAGACAACACGGAUGAGAUUAUCCAAAUACGCUGCUUACAACACUUACCAUCACUGUGAGCAGUGUCAUCAGUAUAUGGGCUUUAAUCCCAGGUACCAGCUUUAUGAAUCCACCCUGCACGCUUUUGCUUUUUCCUAUUCCAUGCUUGGAGAGGAAAUUCAGCUUCACUUCAUCAUCCCUAAGUCCAAGGAGCACCAUUUUGUCUUUAGUCAUCCGGGAAGACAGCUGGAAAGUAUGAGAUUGCCUCUUGUCACUGAUAAGAGCCAAGAUUAUAUAAAGAGCCCUACUUUUACUCCCACAACUGGACGUCACGAACAUGGACUUUUUAACCUUUACCAUGCAAUGGAUGGGGCCAGCCAUUUGCACGUCCUAGUCGUCAAAGAGUACGAAAUGGCAAUAUAUAAAAAAUACUGGCCCAAUCACAUCAUGCUUGUUCUGCCAAGUAUUUUCAACAGUGCUGGAGUGGGUGCUGCUCACUUCCUAAUAAAGGAACUGUCCUACCACAAUCUGGAGCUUGAGCGAAAUCGGCAGGAGGAGCUAGGCAUUAAGCCCCAAGACAUCUGGCCUUUCAUCGUCAUCUCUGAUGACUCCUGUGUCAUGUGGAAUGCUGUAGAAAUGGAUUGCUCAGGUGACAGAAAAAGCGAAUACACAUGGACUGAAAGGAACAUUUCCUUGAAGCAAAUUCUUCAGCAUAUUGAAUCAACUCCAGAUGUCACCCACUAUGCCUUGAUUGGGAUGAGGAAGUGGUCAAGUAAAACCAAGAGCAGAGAGAUCAAGGAGCCGUUCUCUUGCUGCCAUGUUCACGAUUUUAUCAUGCUGAACGUGGACCUAACGCAGAACGUUCAGUAUAACCAGAACAGGUUUGUGUGUGACGAUGUGGACUUCAACCUGCGUGCCCACAGCGCUGGCCUCCUGAUCUGUCGGUUCAACCGAUUCAGUGUCAUGAAGAAGCAAAUUGCCGUAGGCGGGCAAAGGUCCUUUCAUAUUAAGUCAAAGGUGUCGGAUAACCCCGUUUCAAUCGCCCCAGCCCAGUACAUAUGCGCUCCCGACAGCAAGCACACUUUCUUGGCUGCUCCUGCUCAGCUGCUGCUCGAAAAAUACCUCCAGUAUCACAGCCAUCGCUUCUUCCCUCUCUCGCUGAAAAACUACAGCCAUCCAGUGCUAUCCGUGGACUGCUACCUUAAUUUGGGACCCCAGAUUGCAGUUUGCUAUGUCAGCUCCCGACCUCAUUCUCUGAAUGUGACUUGCUCUGAUAUGGUAUUCAGUGGACUACUGCUGUACCUCUGUGAUUCCUUUGUGGUAGCAAACUUCUUGAAGAAAUUCCACUUUCUGAAAGGUGCCACUUUAUGUGUCAUAUGCCAAGACAGGAACUCGCUGCGCCAAACAGUCGUCCGACUGGAACUCGAAGACGAAUGGCAAUUCCGACUGAGAGACGAGUUCCAAACAGCCAACGCCAAAGAAGACAAGCCCCUCUUCUUUCUGACGGGAAGGCACAUUUGAUGGGAAAUGAUCAUGCGGCAUAAGAAGCUGGCUUUUCUCUGACCAAAUAAAAUGAGUUGCAUGAAAGAAAAGAGGGAAGGGUGGGGAAAAGAACUGAGCUCUUCACACAAUGUUUGCAAAAGGAGCUGCUUCGCAGGAACAAACGUUAGGCAAUUUUGAAAUAUUUGUAUUAAAGUUAUAUUUUAUUUGACCAAUUUAUGUUUAUAAUUCCAAACUUUUGUUAGUAACCUUUUUUUGUAAUUUAAUGAACCUAAGAAAGUAACUCCCGUUAUAUUGAGGAUGUGGUGGGACGGAGCUACUACAUAAUAUUUCUGUUGUUUCCCACUUUUGUUUUUGCUGUAUAUAUUAUACAAAUUGUUUCGAAACCAGACACUUGUGGCACAGCUUCAAAAUUAUGAGAUGUAGAUGUAGAUUCUCUCCUCCGUGUUGUUGUAAACCUAGGGUGCCAGUGUAGUAAAAAAAGAAAGUUUCAUUCUUAGAAAAUUGCUACUGAUUAGCAAAUAUAGCAUUGCUAAGCUGCUCUAUGCAGAGUGCUAAAGGCAGAAUUAACUGGGAUGUUCUCCAGUGCAAACCCCAUAGAAAUGAAUGGGAUGUGCUCAAAAGCAUUCAUUUCGUGACAGGUAUACAUAGGAGAACAUCCCAGUGGAGAGUGCCUUAUAUGUACUUAUUAUAAUGAAAGCUAGCUUUCCAUCCUAACCUCAGGACUGCUGGCUGCUCUGCAUAAUUUUAAAGAGGCAGACUUUUUGUAAUAUGUAGAAAUGUAUUAUAGUGACCUUUUCUGAUUUAUUGAGAAUAUUGAAAGCAGACGGUUGGAGUUGUUUUUAAAAGUCGGAACAUUUUAGUAGGUAGGAAGGUGUCUGAAUGAACUGGUGAUUAGUUAAAGGAAGUGUUAAUAUCAAAUUGUUGUUUAAAAACAGAUGGUUUGUUGCACUGCCCACCCUAAGACAUCUCAGGUUUGCUGUGCAAAUAAAGACAACCCCUAGGAUGCAUUUAGUAGUU